AUGGUUCUACUCGGCGGCCUUGAAGUCCUCGCGGCAGGCUACCUUUUAAAACAACAUCUUAAACACAAAGAGGAGAAGCAGCGUCUCGAAAUUGAAGCUUUGAACCUCGAAGAACAGUCUUAUCGCAUUUAUUCUUCCGAUCGCGCCGGUCCUUCGCAUCGAAGACGAAGACAUUCACAUGAGAGAGAGCAUUAUCACGCACAUGAUAGGGAUAAGGGUAGGGAAAGAGGGAGGGAAAGGAGUAAGGAGCACAGACACAGAGGUAGAUACUCAUCCGAAAGUAAAUACAAACAUGACAAUAGAGAGCGAGAUGAUCGAAGGGAUGAGCGCAGAGAUGACAAGAGGGAAAGUAGAGAUGAUAAGAGGAGAAGUAGAGAGGAUUUGAGGUAUAGCAACUCGCCGCCAGGAAAAGGCUAUUAUGCGCCGCCAUCGGGACAUAAGUCAUACUCGCACUCUCAAAAAUCAGGACAUCCACCUAUUGGCGCACCGUCAACACAAUGGAUUCCUCCUCCGCCUCCACAACAUCGCACGAACAGCCCACCUAUCAUCACCACGUCUCCCCCUUCCGCUCAUCACCCUCAGCCUUCUUACAAAUCAUCCUCGCACUCUCUCCACCCAACUUUUGCAAAUGAACCAUAUGCAUAUCCGCCCGAGAAAUUGCCCGAGUCAAUGCUGAGACCUGGUGCGCCAACUCGAGGCCGUUCAUCAUCUGCGCCUGGCCACAUAUAUGAGAGUCCAAGAGCAAAUACAUCAAGAGUAAGGAUUGUGGUUCCAGGGGAGGAUGAACUCACAAUUCCAGGCGAAACAAGAGAUCCGCCACCUGCAUAUGAAGAAGUAGGAAAGAGGCAUUGA